UUCACUCGGUGUUGCGUUGGCAUACGCUAACUUCCUUCUAAUCACUCCACAGAAUUCAGAAGCUAUCGCUCUGGCAGCUCCAACUAUGGCGUCUCCUAUUCCCAGCCAUCUUCACUACAAUUCUUCUCUCUCCACUCUCAUUCCCAACCUCCAUUGGACUCGAUGCAUCCAGCUCUCCCGCCCAAGAGCUAAGUUUUCUGGGAAAGCUAGGGUUUUAGCUUUCCGGGUAAAUCCUAGGGGUCGACGCGGCGUAUCCUCUUUUCGUUGCUUCAGCAGUGCGGGGACAGAAGUUCAAAAUUUAUCGCGCCUGGAAGAAAGUGAACGACCGCCCUUCGAUAUCAAUCUCGCCGUUAUUCUUGCCGGUUUCGCGUUUGAAGCAUACACCAGCCCCUCUGAAAAUUUUGGGAAGCGUGAAGUUGACGCUGCAGGUUGUAAGACUGUAUUUCUUUCGGAGUCAUUUGUUAGAGAGAUAUAUGAUGGUCAACUAUUCAUAAAAUUGAAGAAGGGCAUUGAUUUUCCUGCAAUGGAUCUAUGGGGAACCAGCGAUCCAUAUGUGGUGUUUCAAUUGGAUGGUCAGGUUGUUAAAAGCAAGACAAAAUGGGGGACAAAACAGCCAACAUGGAACCAGGACUUCACUCUUAAUGUCAAGGAUCCUUCUUCUAAAUAUAUUCAGGUUGCUGCAUGGGAUGCAAACUUGGUGACUCCUCAUAAACGAAUGGGUAAUGCAGGCAUCAAUUUGGAAUCUCUUUGUGAUGGAGAUUUGCAUGAUGUAUCAGUGGAGUUAGAAGGGAUGGGUGGAGGUGGAAAGUUGCUAUUGGAGAUCAAGUUUAUGACUUUUGAUGAAAUUGAAGAUGACAAACGAUGGUGGAGAGUCCCCUUCAUUUCUGAAUUUCUUCGCAGUAAUGGUUUUGCAUCUGCUUUAAACAAGGUUGUUGGGUCUGACACCGUGUCUGUAGGUCAGUUUGUAGAAUAUGCUUUUGGGAAGUUAAAGUCAUUCAAUGACGAAUACCAAUCAAGUGAUAAUUUAUUAAGCAAGCAAAAAGACAAAGAGGAUAUACCUUCAUACAUGCAGACUAAUGCAGAAGUCUCUAUAACUGAUAUAAGCGAUCCCGAAGAGGAUGAAUCAGAUGACGAUGCAACAAAUGAUAAUACUAAGGAAACUGGACAGUUGCUGAAAGAAGUGACACAGAGUAUUUUAGCAAAGCAAUUCGAUAAACAUUUUUGGACAAACUUGGCUGAUGUAACAAAUCAAAAUAUUGUCAAGAAACUUGGUCUUCCCGCCCCUGAGAAAUUAAAAUGGGAUGGAUUUGAGUUAUUAAAUAAAAUUGGUUUGGAGGCACGAAAGAGUGCUGAAGCAGGUUAUAUCGAAUCAGGGCUUGCAACUUCCAAAAGUUUGGAUGUUGAUCAGGAACAGAAGAACAUUAAAAUGGUGGACUCAACACUAACGGAUGUGAAGAAAAUUACAAAAGAUCUAUUAAGUCAAACUGAGUCUGUUUUAGGGGGAUUGAUGGUUCUGACAGCAACAAUUUCUCAAUUGAACAAGGAAUCUCAGAUAGGUAAAAAAGAUACUGAAGAUGAGGGCUCCAAAAAAGUUGGAGAGAAGCUUGGUAGUUCAGGGGAUGGAUCAUUGUUGGAUAAUAGAAAUUCUGAGGAAAUGCGAGCGCUUUUUGCAACUGCAGAAAGCGCCAUGGAAGCUUGGGCAAUGCUUGCUACAUCACUUGGCCAUCCUAGUUUUAUAAAGUCAGAAUUUGAGAAGUUAUGUUUCUUAGAUAAUGAGUCUACAGACACACAGGUUGCAAUUUGGCGUGAUUUUCCACGGAGAAGACUAGUUGUUGCCUUCAGGGGCACAGAACAAUCAAGAUGGAAGGACCUAAGGACAGACCUGAUGUUAGCUCCCGCAGGGUUAAAUCCUGAAAGGAUAAGUGGAGAUUUCAACGAGGAAAUUCAAGUUCACAGUGGAUUCUUAAGUGCAUAUGAUUCAGUACGAAUGAGGAUUAUGUCCCUCAUUAAAAUGGCUAUUAACUAUAAUGAUGAUUGUGCUGAGCCACCAGUCAAAUGGCAUGUUUAUGUUACAGGUCACAGUUUGGGCGGUGCACUAGCUACACUUCUUGCUCUUGAACUUACGUCCAGUCAACUUGCAAGGCAUGGGGCAAUAAAUGUGACCAUGUAUAAUUUUGGAUCUCCUAGAGUUGGCAACCGGCAAUUUGCAGAAAUUUAUAACAAGAAAGUGAAAGACAGCUGGAGAGUUGUAAAUCACAGAGACAUUGUACCAACCGUUCCUCAUUUGAUGGGCUAUUGCCAUGUGGCUCAGCCAGUGUAUCUUGCGGCUGGAGAUCUGAAUGAUGCAUUGGAAAAUAUGGAGCUUCACGCAGAUGGUUAUCUAGGUGAUGUCAUUGGGGAGUCUACACCAGAUGUUUUAGUCAAUGAAUUUUUGAGGGGUGAAAAGGAACUUGUUGAGAAAGUUUUGAACACAGAAAUUAAUAUAUUCCGCUCAAUUAGAGAUGGAAGUGCGCUAAUGCAACACAUGGAGGAUUUCUACUACAUUACAUUGCUGGAGAAUGUGAGGUCAAAUUACCAAAAUGAUGGCCCGGACCUAGAGGCUUGACCUGUGAAUUGGCUAUAAGAAGGCAUUUGAGGCCACCAUGCAUCUUCGUAUCCACAGUGGAAUCUUUUUAGGCAUUAUUCCAACAAUUCAACCCAUGUAAUAUAGUAGUAUGGGUACAAUUAUUACAGUCAAACUAGUUCACAUUUCUAUAUAGCUUCUAUUGUUUUGGACAUGUAUAUCUAACCUUGUUAUUUUUUAAGAUUUGACUGUACAUACACAGGUUUCUUGGUCAUAGAUGUUACCCAAGAAUCAUAUUGAAACUGUAAAGAGGUUGCUUGAUCAAUUUGUAAAUUGAUAUCACUUCCUUAAAUGUAUGGGAGGGUUUCUGAGUA